AUGGCGGCCGUACAGCGCCUGCUCCGCGCCGCGGCGUCGUCCUCCUCCUCCUCCUCCGCCGCCGCGGCGGGCAGGAGGCGCAUGGCGACGUCGCUGGCGCCCGAGCAGACGCCCGCGGGGGCGCCGGCCUUCCCGUUCGCCGGGGCGGAGAGGAGGCGCCGGCCGGCGCACGAGAGGAACGUGCAGUGGGUCUUCCUCGGCUGCCCCGGCGUCGGCAAGGGCACCUACGCCAGCCGCCUCUCCCGCCUCCUCGGCGUGCCCCACAUCGCCACCGGCGACCUCGUCCGCGACGAGCUCGCCUCCACCGGCCCGGACGCCGUGCAGCUUAAGGAAAUUGUUAAUCAAGGAAAGCUGGUUUCUGAUGAAAUUAUCAUCAAUCUUUUAUCUAAACGGCUUAAGAAAGGAGAAGAGAAGGGCGAAUCAGGAUUUAUUCUUGAUGGUUUUCCACGCACUGUAAAUCAAGCGGAAAUUCUUGAUGGAGUUACAGACAUUGAUAUGGUGGUUAAUCUGAAGUUGAGAGAAGAUAUUAUAGUACAGAAGUGCCUUGGUAGACGUAUUUGUGGCCAAUGUGGUAAGAACUUCAAUUUGGCCUGCAUUGAUGUCAAGGCCGAAAAUGGGCUACCACCGAUCUACAUGUCACCAUUGUUACCCCCCAAUAACUGCAUGUCGAAGCUUCUUACUCGAGAUGAUGACACUGAAGAGGUUGUUAGAAAUCGCCUACGGAUCUACAACCAAAUGAGUCAACCUGUGGAGGAUUUCUACCAGAAGCAGGGGAAGGUUCUCGAGUUCGAUUUACCUGGAGGAAUCCCUGAAUCUUGGCCAAAGCUGCUCGAUGUUCUGAAUCUCGAGGACCAGCAGGAGAUGAAGUUGGCCGCGGCGUAA